AUGAGAUCCCUAAUCGGCCCUUACAAUGGCUUUCUGCUUAGUCUGGCAGUGGCCGCUCGAUUGGCAGACGCUGCUGGCCUCGCCAUGUUUCCCCAAGGCUAUCUGGCUAGCAGUGGACUCUCGACUACAUGCGAGACCACACUGUACCAGUCAGUCAACUGCCCUCAGGAAGCUUCGGAUCUCAUGUCAGACGGGUAUAUUGACAGCGAUGACCAGUCUGUAACCGAUUUGGUCUGUCGUCCAGUUUGUGGUAGCUCCAUUGGCCAUAUGCGUUCAAAGGUUGCUUCGGCAUGCGGUUCUGAAGAAUUCGUUCCAGGCAUGUCGUACGUCAGCCUUGUUGACAAAUUCUGGAGCAGUUGGAACCAGUCUUGCUUCAGCGAUCCGAAGACAGGAAAAAACUGUAACAGCGUCAUUUCAGCAUUUCCCCAGGUCGACGAUCUCUCAGAACUCCCAAAGUCAGACUUGUGCUCUUACUGCAAUGUUGAGCAAUACGCUAUUAUGCAAAAGGACGCUUACACGGGAGCUUAUGACGAGUAUGCGAAAGGUUCCUAUGAGUACGUUGCCAAGGCUUGCAACCUCAAUGUAGACAACUUCAACGCUACGGACAGUGCAUUCAACGUUACGAGCCCUGACGUUACUGGAGAGGUUUGUGUGUCUGGUAAGACAUAUACGACUCGAGAUGGUGACACUUGCGACUCAAUCGCACUCUCUCAGGGAGUAUCCGCAGCUACGAUGUAUUACAUUAAUGCAAACAUCUUCAACUGUUCAAAGAUCACAGCAGGAACAGAUCUCUGCCUGCCCUUGACAUGUACCAGUAUAUACCAGGUACAGAAGGGUGAUAACUGUCUUCAUAUUGCUUUGAACGCGGGCAUUUUGAAAUCCAAGCUCAUCUCACUCAAUUCUCAGUUGAACUCGAACUGCACCAACCUGCACGAUGCAGACCCGGACUGGGGCAGCGUUCUUUGCGUGUCUGCUCCAGGCGGGACGUACUCUGGAAAGCCGCUGAAUAUUUCUGCGCCUACUGAGCAGCAAGCUGUUGAUCCUCCCUCAGGAAAGACGGUCGCCAACGGCACUACCAAGGACUGUAGUCAGUGGCUCGGUUACGACGGUAGUCUUAGUUGCACGCAGAUCUGCCUCGCAUAUCAGCUUUCCAUCAAUCAGUUCACUGCGAUGAACCCUUCUUUGAACAAAACAACUUGCGACACAGAUUUGAUCGCUGGCAAUGCUUACUGUCUGGAGCCAGUUACGGGCUGGGAUCUACCUGUCGAUUCAGCGGUCAUGACUAGGACUAUGGCCCCGUCCGCUACCAGUAUCAAGGCUACCACGACGGCCACGGCCAGUGCGAAGGUACCCAGCCCCACGCAGCCUGGUGCAGUUGAUGGCUGCAACAAGUGGUAUUAUGUCAACGACGGGGACGGAUGUUAUUCUAUUGCGGAAAAGUACAAUGUUAAAUUGGCUGACUUUUACGAAUGGAAUUCUCAGAUCGGUAAUGACUGCGGUGGUCUCUGGUUGCAUUACUAUGUUUGUGUCGGAGUUCAAUCAUGA